AUGCAUGCACAACCUAUCAGACGGUUUAUCCUAACAACCCUGAACGAGAAAAUAAGCACAAGAUGUUUCACUGCAAUUGCAAAUGCCAAAAUAGUUAAAGAUUUGGUUGUUGAAGGAUUAUUCGACCAAGCCCUUGAAUUUUUUAAAGCAUGCUCUUCUGCUCAAUCAUUACUCUUUAUCCUCCAAAUCCAUUCCCUUGUCCUCAAAACAGGUUUUGAAAGAGGAACAAUUACAGCAAAUUCUCUCCUCUCAAUUUAUGGUAAGUGUUCCCAUGUUGAAUAUGCACGCCUACUGUUUGAUACAAUGCCCCAAAGAGAUACCAUCACUUGGAAUUCCAUGAUCACUUGCUACGUCAGGAAUGGAUGUUACGCAGAAUCAAUAAAGAUGCUGAGGGAAAUGUAUUCGUCAGGUUUUGAUCCUAAACCUGAACUGAUAGCUUGCAUUCUGUCCGUAUGUGGCAAGACAGGAGAUUUAAGAUCAGGGAAAGAAAUCCAUGCUCGUCUUAUCCUUGGUGGAUGCAUGGCUCUAUCUAUUUUUCCAUCCACAGCCCUUGUAGACAUGUACUCGAGGUGUUUCAACUUGGAAGCAGCUUUUCAUGUAUUUAACCAGAUGAAGGAAAGGAAUGAGGUUUCUUGGACAGCCAUGAUCAAAGGCUGCACUUCAAAUAAGAGCUAUGGAAUGUCAAUCCAAGCCUUUAGAGAAAUGCAGCUUGAAGGGAUUAAACCAAACCGAGUGACGUUAAUUGUGGUUUUACCAGCUUGUGCUGCAUUGGGAGCUCUGAAACAGGGGAAGGAGAUUCACGCCUUCGCAUUUCGUUGGAGAUUUGAGUCUGAAUCUCACUUUGCAGCAGCUCUAAUAGACAUGUAUAGCAAAUGCGGGAAUGCAUUGGGUCUUGCCACACUCAUAUUCAAUAGAUUGGGAACAAGAGAUGUUGUCAUGUGGAGUUCUAUGAUUGGGAGUUACUCUCAGAUUGGGGAUGGAAAAAGGGCAAUGGAGCUUUUCUAUCAAAUGCAGAUAGAGGGUAUCAAACCGAACUCAGUAACCCUACUUGAACUUCUAUCUGCUUGUACUUCCCUAUUGUCUUUAGAUUAUGGCCGUCGAGUUCAUGGCCACCUCUUAAAAUCUGGCUUGGAGUUGAACGUUUUCAUUGGAAACUCCCUGGUUGAUAUGUAUGCGAAAUGUGGAUGUCUCAAUGCUGCACACAAAAUUUUUAAAGAGAUGCCCACAAAAGAUUCUGUCUCCUGGAGUGCUUUAAUCCACGGUUAUGGUCUUCAUGGCUAUGGUACAAAAGCUUUGGAGCUCUUUCAUGAGAUGCAACAGAGGAAAUUCGAGACUGACAAUAUCACAUUUCUUGCUGUUUUGUCUGCGUGCAACCAUAGUGGCCUGAUUGCUGAGGGACAGGAUCUCUACAAUGAUGCAAUAAGAGAGAACAAAAUUUCCUUAACAUUGGAACAUUAUGCAUGCUACAUUGAUCUUCUUGGUCGGUCAGGGAAGCUUGAAGAUGCCUGUGAGAUCAUCAGCCAUAUGCCCAUGGAACCAAAUGCAACCAUAUUCAGUUGUUUGACAUCAGCAUGUAAAGCUCAUGGUAGGCUAGAGGUGGCAGGGGAGCUGGCAUGCCGGCUAAUUAAAUUGGAACCUGAGAAUAUGGCAAAUUACACCUUGUUGUGUAUGGUAUAUGCAGAGCUGGUAACUGGGCUGGUGUCGCAAACGUAA